AUGCUACGAGCAUUAAAUAGAUUCAAAGGAGCAAUCCAGAAAAGAUACUUUUCAGAUGAUUUCAUAUUAGAUGAGAUAGAAGAGCCCCCUAAUAAGCCUGAGAAACCUUCAGAGGUUGUUAGGCUUCUUCCUAUUUCUAAUUUUCCCCCAUCCUUGAUCGAACCUAUCGCCAUCAUUCGAUCAAAGGAUGGGAGUCAAAAGUUUGAUUUCUCACCCUCCCUCUGUACAAAAAAAAUUUAUUUGCUCAUGGAGGGCUAAUUUUUCUUUAAAAAAAUUAUAUAAAUUUAUAAUAAUUUAUUUUCAAAAUUUAAAAAAAUCUCAUUUCGAAAUAAUUUUAAAGCAAAUAUUUAUUUGGUUUGCAAAAUUUAUGCUUUAAAUGAAACUGAUUAAAAUUACACAGAAUUAGUUAGAGAUUUCAUUAUAAUAAAUUAUCACUUAUAUAUCAAAAAUAUUUUUUGUAUCCAAAUUAGAAAUUUUUUCAAUGGCUUUGCUCGCUCACAGAUGAGGUGGGGAGUUAGAAAAAAAUGCGUAUAAAAUUUUUUAUGAAAAUUUUUAUUUUUAUUCUUUUCUAUAUAAAAAGAUUUUAUGCACUAGCCAUAAGCAAUAAAGUUUGCAUUGCAUUUGCUAAUAGGAUAGAAAUGUAUUAAAAUUCUGUCGAAUCUAAUAAUAUAUCUUUAAGAUUCAUCACUCUAAAAGAUACGUAGUUAGUUUGAGUUGAAGUAGUGGAGGGGGUUAUUUUUGACCAUAGAAAUCACGAUAAUAAAAUGGUAUUAUCGGAGUGCUUUAUCUUUGAGAAAACUUUUCCAUCCUCUAUCAAGUUUUUUAUUAUGAGUUUUGGCAUUCCCAGUGAGCAUUUAAAAGUAGCCCAAGCAAGCAGCAUAGAGAGGGCACAGCUCCUAAGAUCUGGCCCUAGUAUUUAUGAGACACAGGGUUCACAUCACUUGAUCUCUUCAGGAGCAAGAGGCUACCAGCAUCCGACGAAUAAAGUCUGAUUGGAAAACUUGAGCACACAGUCAAGAUGAUCCAUGAAGUCUGAGUAGAUGAAUAAGGAGGCUAACGCUUUAUAUCUCUGCAUACAGUGACGCAUAAUAACCCAUAUCUACAUUAAGACUAUAGAAAUUGCUCGAUCAAGGAUGGGUUUAAUCUCCCCAUUUUUUGAAAUUUUCAUGUAAUUGUUCAAUCAGAAUAUGAGAGAUAAGCAUCCAAUUUUCCCUAAACAUUUUAUUAGAUUCCGCCUAUCUCCAGAAAACUUCAAAUUCAUGGUCUCAGACCAAUCAUCUACCUUGGUCAGUGCAUUUAUAUUAAAGCCAAAAGACGACGUAAAAGAAUUGGAAAGUCAGCUAUCUUUAAAGUAAUCCCUAUAUAGUUCAAUUUUUCCAUUAAAAGGAAUUGAUAGCGUAUACACAAUAGGAUCAAUCUGCACAACGAGCUUUAACAAGUUCGAUAGAACAAUCACUCUUAAGCCUGUUAACCGAACCAAGCUGAUCGAAGUAAUCGAGCCAUCAACAGCCGAAAUUCCUUUCCCUCUGGUCAAGCUUCAGCAUUAUGAUGAGACGCCUCAACAAGCACGUUCUGAAGAAGACAAAGCCAUUCUCAAACUCCUUGCCCAGCAGCUAGACGAGCUUAGAACUCUCCUUAGCCCUCAAGAACUGACAACUUUAGAAUUAUUUGCCCAAAGAUUCAAUAUGAAGUACGAAGAAGAUUUUCUUAACUACGUAGGUGUUAUUUUAUCCUAUAUGUGUGAUACUGCCAAAGUCCAAAACAUUUUUGAGCCUGAUACAUUUUCAAUGAGACUUAAACUUACCUAUGAGCUGGUUCAAGAACACGUACAAAUGAGGAACUCGAUGAGAAAACUUCAAGACGAGGCACAAGCCAAAAUGCAAAAAGCAAGCGAAGAGCAUAUGUAUAAAGAAAUUUUGAGCCUUAUUAAAAAUAAGCUCGGGUAUGAUAAAGAUGAAAAAGAAACUUUGAAAAUAAAAUACAGCAAAAAUUUGGAAGGAAAAAAUGUCCCUCAGCAUAUUCAAAAAAUCAUUGAUGAAGAAAUGGGGAGACUGAUGAUGACUGAUAAAAAUUCUUCUGAAUUUCAUGUAAUCAGGACUUAUUUAGAUUGGCUGACAUGUUUGCCUUAUGGGGUACAAACUGAAGAAACUAUUGACCUGAAAAAAGCAAGAGAAGUUUUGGAUAGAGAUCAUUAUGGUAUGAAAGACGUAAAAGAGAGGAUUCUGGAAUUCAUUGCAGUUAGCAAGCUAAAAGGUAGCUCGACUGGCAAAAUUUUAUGCUUCGUGGGACCUCCUGGGGUGGGUAAAACUUCAAUUGCAAAAUCUAUUGCUGAAGCGCUCAAUAGAAAAUAUCAUAGAAUUUCACUUGGAGGAUUAGAUGAUGUUGCUGAAUUAAAAGGACACAGAAGAACUUAUAUAGGAGCUCAGCCUGGGAAGCUUAUAACUGCUUUAAAGCAGGCAGGAUCAGAGAACCCUGUGAUUUUGAUUGACGAAAUUGACAAAGUUGGGAGACGUAAUUUCCAAGGUAGCCCUGAAAACGCACUGUUAGAAAUUCUUGACCCUCAGCUCUUGUUUAAAGAAUAGAGUAUAAAGAGCAUCUUAUUUAAAUAAAAUUUAUUAUCCUUAAUUGUAAAUUUUUAAAAAAAAAAAUUCAAAAAAAAAUUUAUUUUUGAUAAAAUGAUAUUUUUUAUUUAAAUAGCUUUGAUAUAAAUUCAAUACGAAUUCUUUACAAAAAUUCAAAAUUUACUUAUCUCUUGCUUUAUUUUAAAGAAUAGAGUAUAAAUAACAUCUUAUUUAAACAAAAUUAGCACUUUGAUUAAUAAAUUUUCCAAAAUUUUGUUUUAUCGAUAAAAAUAAUAAUUUUUGUGUAAAUAGUUUUGAUACCAAUUAAUAGUGGCGUAUUAAUUAAUAAUAAAAUUUUAGUUAUAUCUUGCUUUGUUUUAAAGGAUAAAGAGUAAAUAGCAUUUUAUUAAACAAAUUUAUUAAUCUAUUCGAUAAAUUUUUGAAAUUUUAUUUUUUUAAAUUUUAUAUAAUUUUUUUUUUAUAAAAAAUUUUAUAAUGGUUCUUUUUUAAUAAAAAAAUUUUAUAAUGAUUUUUUUGUGUAAAAAAAAUUUUUUAACCCCCCUUUAAAUUGGAACAAAAUUUUUAGUUCCAAUUUAAAGGGGGGGGGGAGUCAGCAAAAAUUUUUCAUUUAAUGACCAUUAUCUUGACACAACAGUCGACUUAAGUAAAGUUCUAUUUUUAUGCACUGCAAACUUUCCUGAUGACAUUAAUCCAGUCCUAUUAGACAGAAUGGACGUAAUUCGAGUCCAAGGAUACACAGCUGAAGAAAAAUCAAAUAUUUUAAAUAGGCAUCUUCUACCAGAAAUCAUUAAUAAAUGCUCUCUAAGUGACAAAUCUGAAAAAUAUGAAAUCACAGAGCCAGCUAAAGAAGUGCUUAUAAGGGAUUAUUGCAGAGAAGCAGGGGUUAGAAGCUUGCAGAAAAUUGUGACGAGAAUUUUGGAAAAAAUUACAAAGAAAAUUGUAGAAGGAGUUGAAGAAAAAAUUGUGGUGACGCCUGAAAAUUUGAUUACGUUUGCAGGAAGACCAGAGCAUGCACAUUCAAAGAUUUAUGAUAUAACACCUAGUGGCGUUGUGAUGGGCUUGGCUUAUACUUCGAUGGGAGGAUCGACACUAUACAUAGAAGUUGCUAACUCCCCCUCCGUGAGCGAACAAAAUCAUUGGAAAAUCCUUAUUUUUGCCCAAAGACCCCACUCUCCAUGAGCGAAUAAAAAUUUUUUAUGAAAAAAAAUAAAUUGAUAUGUAAGUGAUAAUUACUAUAAUGAAAUCUCUAGCUAAUUCUGUUUAAUUUGCAUUUUAAAACACAUAAAUUUUACAAAUUAAAUAAAUAUUUGCUUCUCAAUUGGAAAUUUUUUUAUAAAAUUUUAAAAAAUUAACCCCUGCGCGAGCAAACAAAAUUAUUGUUCGCUCACGGAGGGGGGAGUAAGUCGAAAUUCACAGGAGACGAAACUGAAGGAAAAGUGCAAAUUACAGGAAACUUAAAACAAGUCAUGUCUGAAAGUGUGCAUAUUGCUUAUACGUUUGCCAAAAAACUAGCAUCAGAAAAAGGAAAUAAUUUCUUGGAUAAACACAGCAUACAUAUUCACGUCCCUGAGGGAGCAACACCUAAAGAUGGUCCUUCUGCAGGCAUCACCAUUACAACGGCUCUCCUUUCUCUUGCAUUUGAUAAGCCAGUUAUUCCUGACUUAGCAAUGACUGGAGAAAUUUCUUUGACAGGCAAAGUUCUUCCAAUUGGAGGACUCAAAGAAAAAAUUGUUGCAGCGAAGCGAGAUGGGGUAAAAAGAGUGAUCAUACCAAAGCAAAACAAAUAUAGCUCCAGUUCCAUUUUUGCUUGCUUAUGAUCGAUCCCUUUGCCUAUUGAAUAGUCCUAAAAAAUGUCAAAUUUUCUGGCAAGUGCAAUUUAAAAUUGACAAAUGCAAAUUAUAGCACAUAUUUUUAAUCAGCCCUGUUCAUAAAAUUUUCAUUUUUGUGACCUAUUCAAUAGGAAUGGUUUUACUGCUAAAUAGUCUAUAAGGGGUUUUAAGCUAUAUCACUGGGAUGAGCUAGCUGAUAUAUUGAAAGAAGGGAUCGAGGUCAGCUUUGUAGAAGAAUAUUCCGAAGUAUUCAAAAUAGCAUUUAAUAAUUCUUUAUAA